UGAAAAAUUAAGGAACUUACCUAUUUAUUUGAAGUCAGAUUUGAACUUACCUAUUUUCGGUAUCGAUUGCCUCUCUCUCUCUCUCUCUGGGUUUCUCUCUCGUCUGGUCACUGCCGAUAAUCAGCAGCUGUAGAAUCACCAACCACGGCAGGUUGUACUUAGAUUUUUGUAACGAGUUAAUAUAUUGCAUAAACUCGACCAAGAACAAUGUAUAACCCUAAGUGGGAUGGAAUAAUUCCUAUGAAGAAAGGAUUGUUCAUGUUAGGAUUGAAGAACAAGAAGAAGAAGAAGAAUAAGAGAUUAGCAAAAGCAGUCAUGAAGAAAGCAAAAAGUAAUUUAUCCGAAUCAGAAUCGAUCAUGAGUGUGAUGAACAACGAAGAUCUUUUGCUCGAAAUACUGAUCCGACUUCCUGAUUUCAAGAAUGUUAUCAAGCUUAGUAGUGUGUGCUUUAAAUGGCACUCUCUGUCUCAUCAACCACACUUUCUCCAAAACUUCAUUCUUCAUCACAGCCUUAAACAAGAAGAAGAAGAAGAAGAAGAAGUUGUUUUGGAUUCUUCCUAUGUUCUUUUGAUGAGAGGUAAUUACGUUACCACUGGUCCCGAAGCAAGCUCUUGCUUCCACAAACGUACAAUCCAAAACAUCUUCUCCAAUACAUCAAAGAUUCUCUUCCCAUCUCUGUCCACAAAUAGUUUUCUAGAAUUCUUUGAUCGGCCCAAAGCUCACAUAUUAUCUUCUUUUCAAGAUUUGCUACUCCUUGAAGAAAGGCUUUUUCUAUUCUGUGUCAUAAACCCAAUAACCAAGCAAGUGGUUGAACUUCCUCUCUGUCCCAAAACACUGUACAAUGACUACACAUGUUUUGUUGAAGGCAUUACAUAUAGAUGUGGCUUUGUAGCUAAUAACCAGGGCAACUUCAAGGUUGUGUUAAUCACUUCAGAUAAUGCUCCUAAUCGCGAGUUUCGCGGAUCUAUCUUCUGUUCUGAGACCAAAGAAUGGAGUUGUUGUUUCAAAUUACUAUUUCCAUUCAGAUUAUAUGAUUGGCAUCCAACACCUAUUGGAUGCAGCAAUGGAGUCAUAUACUGGCCAUUUGGGGGUUCAUGUUUUCAAGGAAUAGCAGCAUUCGACACCAGUACUACUCAAUGUUGUUCGGUUGUCAUGCCACCAGAGUUCGACACAACUUUAUGGCGCAAUGCUGCGUUUGGUGUUCGUCUUGGAGUAGUUCAAGGUCAUUUGCGUCUGUUGCAGCUGUUUUUAGAUGAAGAGGCCGCGGGGGGUCUCCAUGUUCUCAGAGCAUGGGAUUUAGUUCAAUCUUAUUCAUCGCCAUCACCAUGGAUUAUGGUUAAAGAUGUUAGAUUGAAAUGGGGAGCAUAUGAAAAUAUGGCAUUGUUUCCCAUUGCAUUCCAUCCCCAAGAUGAAGAUGUUAUUUUCUUGAAAAGAGUACUAAUCAAUGAUAAGGAUUAUAAUGCUCUUGCUGCUACUGACAACUUUGAGAAUGAUAAUAACAAUGUUGAUAUCUGUCUGUACAGAUUUGGGAGAAGAUGUUAUGAACAUGUCUGUUACUGUCCAUUCGCCGAAAACACUCGAAGUCCUCGCGUUUUGCCGCUGCUUGUUCAUGGUUGGCCUACAAGAAUGCCUCCUCUGGAUACCAAGCAUCCUCCACCAGGUUUUAGAUUAUCAAAUUCAUACAUUCAUAGUAUCAGAUCGAUAUAUCAAUAGUGUUUAAACUUUAUUUAAAUUUAUUUGAUUAAAGUACUUUGUUGAUGUUUGUUUCUUAAGUGAACAAAUUAUGAUGAUGAGUUGAGACUAGAUGUCAUUUUUUGUUAUUAAUUUUAUCCAUUUUAGUACAUUUUUCAGCUG